GUGGGCUCUUAUGUUUGUUUUUGUUUUCCUCGAGUAGUAAUAUACGCAAAAGUGUAAAAUCAAAUGGGUCCAAAACUUGUAUUAGGAUUGUAUUUUUUAUGUUUUGUGUCAGGACAAAAGGGAAAUGAUUUGGAGCUCAAAAUGGCUAAUGUCUUGUAUCGUCAUGGUGAUAGAUCUCCAAUGGUAACAUUUCCCAAAGAUGAACACAGAAGUUACUGGAAGCAGGGUCUUGGACAGCUAACUGAGAUUGGUAUGGAGCAAGAAUUCAUAAUGGGUAAAUUCUUGAAGAAGCGAUAUUUAAAAACUCUCUUGAAUCAAACCUACCUUCGAAAACAGGUCUACUGCCAAAGUUCUGACAAGGAUUGAUGUUUGAUGAGUGCUGAAGCUCAGAUGGCUGGUCUUUACCCACCUUUAUACCAGAAGGAAUGGCAAUUUUGGCAGUUGAUCCCAAUUCACACGGUGCCAAAAAAUCAGGACAAGUUACUUCGUCCAUUUGCGUAUAACUGCCCGCGAUUAAAAGAAAUUAGAGAGAAAUCUUUCAGUGAUCCUAAAUUUAUUGCGAUGGAAACAGAGUAUAAGGAUUUUAUGGAAGAAAUUAGUGUUAAUCUUGGACUUUCAAAAUCACUCACACUCAAAACAAUAUCCAGUGUUUAUGACUUUCUUUUCUGUCAGAGAGCGCAUAACUUAUCUUGGCCAUCGUGGGUGACAGAAGAUGUCUUUCAAAAAUUGACAAUUAUCCAACAUUUCGCAUGGGCUUGGGUAUGCAAUUCUCCUGAAAAGGCUAGAUUAUCUGGAGGUAACUUACUUGGCGCGAUGAUAACAAACAUGAAGAAUUAUAAAAACAACCCUGAUCAAUCCAGAAAAUUACAUGUAUAUUCAGCGCAUGAUACGACCGUUGUUAUUUUGUUGAGUGCUUUAAAAUUAUACUCUGGUACUCCACCACCUUAUUCAACAGCGUUUCUGAUGGAGCUGUAUUAUAGCAGAAAAUCGUCCAAAUAUUUUGUUCGAAUGUUUUACCGAAAUGACACAUCUCAACCUGAUAAAGCUUAUGAACUCUUCAUUCCUGGUUGUCAAGUCAACAACUGUACUUUGGAUAAUUUUAUUUCUCUCACAGCCUCUGCUGUUCCUGUGGAUUUCGAAGCUGAGUGUCACGCCAACAAAUACUCACAGCUGAAGCUGAAAAAAGAUUGUGAAGAUACCUGUGACCAGAAAGCUUGCAUAGAUGCCCUCACUGCUGUUGCUGUAAUUCUUUCACUGACUUCCAUUGCUUUCGUCGUCUAUAUCUGGCGAUGUUGGCGGGUAAGAAGAAAAGCAAAUUCUCUCAGACACUUUCAACAAAUAAAAAACGAAGAAUGGGACUCGGAUUGAUCUCGAGACAUCUUCGAGAGAACAUCGGAGCAGCCGAUCGGUGAGACAUCGCACGAUCACGUAUGUUACAUUCUAGAGAACAUUUCACAGUCGUGGAAAGUUGAACAUACACUGUAUAACAGUGUAAAUAGGUACAAGGGAAGAUCUUAGGGCAUAAAUUGUACGUUAAUGAUUAAUUUAAAGCUAGUCCGUCAAGGUGAUGUAAAACAUCGAUGAAUAUUAGGUCCCUUUUGUAUGUAGCUGCACCACUGAGUUAUCUAAAAGGAUUUAAAAGCUGGUAUCUUACCCACUUUACAUGAGCAACUAAUUCUGACGAGAAGAACGCAUUCGAAUUCUUUUAUUAAAAACGCCUAAAUAUUAAAUCUGAGAUUUUAAGAUACCCUGUUUGGUUUACGGGUACGCGUAGCGUUUCUUUUUCAGCGAAUUCAGUAAAUUAUGCAUGUGAAAAAUUAUUAGGUUGAGCUGACUUACCCGUCUGUGAAGGACUAUAGUCUUAGCUGCCCUUGAUGACGUGUUGCGCAAACGACUUACUUACGUAUAUAUGCAUGCAAUACUCCUCAAUAUAGCUAAGGCCCGUUUACACGCGAUUUUUCAGUGCUGCGAUUUCUUCUUUUAAUAGAAGUGAACCAUGCAGUGAUAAGUUACAUGCAGAUGUUCUGAUUUGGACAUCAAGCUUCUAUUUGAAUAUCCUUAAAUAAUUCACUCGUUCACAUCUAUCAAAAGAAGGAAAUCGCAUAUAAAAUCGCAGCAAAAAUUGCACUGAGUGUAUAAACGGGUCUUUAUAAGCCUUCCAGCAAAAGAAUGUUUUCUUCAACAAAAACGAACUCUUCUUCACGUUAUAGUGCAGGGAUUUCAUGUAUUACAAGCACGAUGUUUAUUUCGCUCACAAUUCUUCUCGAGUUGCAGUCUCAUUACCGAACACAAUGUAGAAAUGAAUUUUGCUUAGGUAAUUAAAUUGUCGUUAAAAUUU